AUGCCGAUGCGGUCAUCGCUGUGCGAUAUCCCCGAUGAGAUCGUGCGCCAUAUCCUCUGGUAUCUGCCACCAGAGGAUACCCUCUUGAGCUUCCAACUGCUGUCGCGACGAUACCACCACAUUGCAAAUGAGCCACUUCUGUGGAGAUGGUACUGCCAAAAGUCCUUCCGGUACUGGCACCCGCGCCACAGGUUCCAUGAGAAGCUGGCCGCGCUUGCAUCAUCGGUGGACUGGAAGGGUUUAUGGAUCACCAGGAAACAGAUCAACAAGAGGAUCGCACAGCUCCUAAACGAGGUGCUGAGGACGAAGGUUGGCCAGAUGAGGAACUUAGGACAGAUCUGCGAGAUGGGCUACGACGCCAAGGACUACCUCUUGGAGCAGUGCCAUUGCGAUGAGAACGCAGAGGACGUACUGGCGAGGAGAUACUAUGCGCAUACCGCUCUGGACAGCAUCCAUAGGGGCGUGGCAGUGGAGGUUUGGUCCCGAUACCAAGGGCAGCCAUUGAGUUACAGGGGACUCGACACGGCUCUCGGUGCCUUCGACAUGUUUGUGCUCCAUGACCAGCCUUACGACCUGGACUAUAUUGUCCACGAACUAGAUGCUAUCGCCGACCGCUUCCGAGCAGAGCACCCUACGUUCGAGGAGUUGACAACAAGACAGAAGGCCCUAACGUUAGUGAGAUGGCUGAGAGCCAACAACCUGACUGGCAUGGACCACCCCGACCUCUAUUACCGCAGCUUGAGGAACUGUUUCAUCGGGCAUGCGCUCUCAGACGAGGAACAUCCCUCUCUCCCCAUCAUCUCGAGCGCCAUCUUCACCUGUGUGGCCGAGCGUCUAGGGCUUCAUGCUGCAUGCCUGGCAUUUCCCAGCCAUGUCCACGCCGCUGUCUUUGCUCCUCCCGGCAGAACGCUGGACGGUAGACCCGUCGAGGAUCCCAAGGCCGAGCCGGAAAAGAUGUGCCUCGACCCUUACGGUUCUGACAAUGAGAUCACGCUUCGCGACCUCCGCCGCCGACUUGUCGAGUUCGGCUGGCAAUCCGGCACCAACGCUUUCCUCACUCCUUCCCCAGUCCCCAUCAUCGUGCAGCGCACGGCGCAAAACAUCAAAGCAACCCACGACACAGUCCACAGCCUAGCCAACACCAGCGUAGAAGAAGACCGCCUAGCCGAGGAACUCAAGCGCCUGCGCAGCGGGCACCCAAUGCGCAACCUCAGCGCGGCAGUCUACGCCUCGAUGUGGGCCGACCUGCUCAUGAAACAAACGACCUCCUUCCACUGGGACACCAACCUAGGCGCCUUCCUCAAAUGUUUCGCCCUCUCCUGGAGCGAAGACACCUGGAUUGUGCGCAAAUACCUAGCCCCCCUAUACGAAGAGUUCAUCGCGAAUAAGAACGCGCUCAACCACGGCGCCGCGGCAGCUAACAAUCGGCGCCGGCGCUCGGGAUGGGAGAACCUUCACGAGAUCGUCGCCAUGCUUGAGAACCUGGACAACCGCCAACCAACAGUCAGCCGCCGCUACACAGCCGACAUCAACGCGCGCGUACGCUACCGCAUCGGCCAGGUCUUCCGGCACCGACGAUACCAGUACGUAGGUGUGAUCAACGGCUGGGCAGCGACAGGCAGCGCCGGCCUACCGAUGCCGCACUACCUCGACGCCGCGGAGGCAGAGGAGGAAGGGGACGUAUUCGAUCCGACAGAGUCUGUGCGGGCGAGCAAUGCCGUGCCGCAGCGGACGUUCUAUACUUGCUUGAAAUCGACGGUCGACCGACUGCGUGUCGCGCAGGAGAAUGUAGUUCCGAUUACGGACCCAAGGGAGAUCCCCGAGGAGCUGUUUUUCGUUGCCGGAAAGUUUUUCAAGCGGUUCGAUCCGGAGCGGUGCAUGUUCGUGUCGAAUAUUAAGGAGUACUAUCCCGAUGACUGA